AUGGUGGGUUUGCAAAGAUCUUCGAUGUCUUUCAGAAGGCAAGGCUCGUCAGGGUUUGUGUGGGAUGACAGGUUCUUGUCCGGAGAGCUAAAGCAGCAACAAGUAGCACAAGACCUAGAGAACGGUGAGGAGAAUGAGAUUAUCAUGGUUAAGGAUGUUAAGCCACCGAGGCCAAUCAAGACUGUACAAAGAAGCCGGUCCAACGGCGGAGGACGCGGCUACCGCGGCUCAGGGAAGAUCACGCCGGCUAUUGAACCACUGUCGCCGAAGGUCUCUGCAUGUGGAUUUUGUGGAGGUUUCGGUAAACCUUCUAAGAACAAUGUUGUUUGGGGAGCAAAGCCUGGUAAGCGUAACCGAUCAGGGUACUAA